GGGGAAUGCCCCAGCCUUUCCUUCGGUACGAAGUUUAGGGUUUAUCCGAAAGAAGACUUUUAAGAAAUUUUCAGCACAGGAUGCCGCGACAUGAUGAUCGCUAUGGUAGCACCCGCCUCUAUGUUGGUCGCUUGUCUUCAAGGACACGGACGCGAGAUUUGGAGGACCUCUUCAGCAAAUAUGGAAGAGUACGAGAUGUGGAUUUGAAGCACGACUUUGCCUUCAUUGAAUUUAGUGAUCCCCGAGAUGCUGAUGAUGCUAGAUACAGCUUAAAUGGACGUGAAUUUGAUGGAAGCCGUAUCAUUGUGGAAUUUGCAAAGGGGGGACCACGUGGCCCAGGUGGUUCUCGUGAGUAUCUGGGCAGAGGUCCUCCUCCGGGGUCUGGCCGCUGUUUUAAUUGUGGUAUUGAUGGCCAUUGGGCUCGAGAUUGCAAAGCUGGAGACUGGAAAAACAAGUGUUACCGUUGUGGAGAAAGAGGUCACAUAGAAAGAAAUUGCAAGAAUAGUCCAAAGAACCUCAGAAGAGGGCGAAGUUAUUCUCGGUCACAAUCAAGGUCACCGCCGCCUCGACGAGGUAGAAGCAGGAGUUACAGCAGGAGCCGUAGUUACAGCCGAUCUAGAUCACCCCCAAGGAAAGAUCGAAGUGUUGAGCGCGAGGAGAGGAGAUCAAGAAGCCCUCGUUACAGCAGGAGUCCUAAGCCAAAGAAGAGUAGUCCUCCACCCAAAAGUAGGAAGCGCAGUGUAACACCUGACGAGAGCAGUCCACGAGAAAGAUCGAGCCCACCACCACCACCCAGGGAUCAUCGUAAGCAGCAGAAUCAACGUGAUGAGGACUAUGGCGCUAGUGAUGGACCAAGUCCUCCGCCUCAAAGGGAUCGUAAAUCAGCCAAUCGACGUGAUGACGAGGACUAUGGCCCAGGUGAUGGGGCAAGCCCUCCCUCCAGGGGGGACCGUAUACGAUCCGGUGGGUCAGACGACUAUAGUGGGAGUCCUCCCAGGGGGGGAGCCAGGAGCAGAAGCCCCAUGAGCCCCGACAGGGAUAGUAGCCCUAAUGGUAAUGGAAGGGGGUACCGUAGCCCUCCUGAAACAAAUGGCCACAGCCGCAGCCGCAGCCCUAGUCCCAGGAAUGACAGGAGCCCUGUUGAUGAUGAUGACGAUGAUGACCAACGUGGUUCUCCACGUGGCAGCGAGUCUCCAAGUGCUCGGGAUUAAAAUUAACCUGCCAUCCCCAUCCAUCAUCCAUCAUCCAUCUUUGGCGCUCACAUCCUGCAGUUACAAGACUUGUUUCGAUUUUCCAUGGUUACGUAGCUAAUUAAUUAAUGAUGCAACAUUUGACUUCGGAUAAAUUAGAAGGAAUAUCGGGAACAAAAGCUAUCUAUCUUGAGUUAAUUUUAUAGGACUUCUCUACUUUCUAGAAGAUAAUCUAGUAUCGCAAAUGCAUGUUUUAAUUAAAUAAAUGGGAAUUGUCAAUAAAAAUGAAAUUGGGAUUUCAUUCA